GGGCGCGCUGUUUCUGAUCAGCUCAAGGAUUGGGAGUGGUCUGAGUCUGCGCAGAUGCUGCUGUAGGCAUAGAUACGUUAAUGUUAUAAAGUCUACCUUACUGAACGGAUCUGAGCGUAAUCAAGACGGGUUUUGUUUUUGUUUUUUUUUCAACUGCCGUUGAGAAAUACAAGUUGAGAGCUUGUACGGUUUCAAAAUGUCGUCGUCGGAUAGCAGAGUUGAUACGAACUACGUUAAAAGCGUGCCCGGACUAAUACGGAUAGUACAAUUGGUUGUUGCCAUAUGUGGCCUCAUCAGUGCCAGUUCUGGAUACUAUUGUUUCAAUACUGGUGGGAAAAUCCACUUCUACGAGUUUACUGCCAUUUACUCCUUGAUUUUUGUAAUAUUAGCUUUCAUCUUGUUUUUUUUUCGCAUUGAUCAAGCAAUUGGAACCAGGAUUAACAUUCCUUUGUCACUACUCAUCAAUGAUGCUAUCUUGACCAUUCUUUACCUUAUUGCUGCCAUUUUGAUGUUUGUUACAAUUGGUGCUUGUAAUUGGGGUGUUGGAGGAAGAGUGGCUGCAGCAAUUUUUGGAGUCUUGGGAUUUCUUACACAUGGGUAUCAUGCAUUCUUAGACUAUGGGUGGGUCAGAGGACGUACAAGCAGCCAGCCUCAACCUACGGGAAACAAAGGAGACCCUGCUUAAAAGAUAGCAGAAGAUUGAAUCAUAGCUACUGUAAUGGUUAAAGGUGAAACUUAUUUUGUCAAAUUUUUAUCUACUCAGUUGCAUAUUUUCAAAAGCAACUUCUGUUCAUUUUAAAAGAGAAUAAAACUUUAUUAAUUAAAACAAAAAUAUAUAGAAGUUUAUUUAAGGUAAAUGUUUAGUCCCAUUGGGUUAGUGUUUAAAAACCACUUUGGGUAAUAAGUAUAAAAAUUAUUGUUGGUCUCUUAAAGUAAAGAUUAUGGAAAUUCCACAGUUUUAAACAUAACUGUACAACCUAAACUAGUACCUGAACACAAUCAGAGACUUUCAAUUUCUCAUUUCCACAUCUGUUCUCUCAGUAAAUUAUAACAUUUCUCACUGCAUAUAAAAAAAAACAUGGAUUUAUCUCACAGACACUGGUUACAUCUCAGAACAUCCAAAAGAACAACUGAAGGUUUCUAAAUCGAUGCCUUUGUUCACUUUCUUCAAACAUUGCGUGGAUGAUGAAAAAAAAAUGGCAAUUUGUUGUAAUGUUAUGCUUCAGUCAAAGAACGUAAAACAGUAUUUUCUACAUGAAUAAUACUAAGAUAAGGAUGUAACAAUUAUUAUAAGUUUUGUAAUUUAAAAAAAAUGUUUUUAUUGAAUAAGGAAUUCAGAAAUCGAAACACUGUAGUAUAAAGAAAUUAAAUCAGAACAUUCAUUUUUCAAUAUUGUGAGAUCAUAUAAAGCAAUACUAAAGCUCAUUAUUUAUAAAGCUCAUUUAUUCAUAAGAACUUAUGAAUAAAUAAAAUAUGUAAGAAUAUGUCAACCACAUAUUCUGUGUCCAUAAGGCUUUUCGCCCAAUUCCAGAAUUGUAUCACUCAAAUGACAUCUAAAAUUAUUCUUGAUAUCAUUACAGGUUCUUACCUAUAUACAAAAAUAAAAUGAAUAUAUAACACAGCCCCCAUAAUACUGUAUAAUGUGUGCAUCUUCAUUUUUUUGUCGUUCAUGUUUUUGAUUUGUAAUUGUGGCAGAAACUGCUCGACAAAAACUGGCUCAAGUGCCAGAUUGGCAAACUUUUAUGUGAUAAAAACAUGUUAUAUUUCUUUUGGUAAUUAUCAAUAACUUCUGAAGCAAGCAAUUUAACAUAUCAGUCUAACUAACAUUAUGAAUAUUGUCAUAAAACAAAAUUCGUAGCAUUCGGAAUGAUUCAACAGUUGGUACCAUGUUUAUUUUGGGUAUAAUCCCAUUAGUAUGUGACAGGGAUAAAAGAUUUAAGUUCAUGUACUAAUCAUACACUAAGUUAACAAUACAGGACAAUCUGGAGAAGUAUAUAAAAAAUUAAAUAAUGAUAUAAACACACACAUUAAUCAUUUUGACAAAUACUUUUGAUAAAAUUAUAUUUAUUUAUUUCACUGCCAUUGGAACACAAGGAUCCCCCUCCAGAGCACUGCCAUGUCAGUUGGGAUUUUUAUAUCGCACACGAAGAAAGGACAUUCCCCUUCAAACUUCCCAAAGUUUAUCAGUUUCAAGUUUCUGAUAAAUAAUUAAAUAUAAAAACACCCAUCUUUAUAUUCUUUUCACUGUGUAUCUAAAAAUAUACCCGACACUGAGAGUGUUUAUAAAUGUGGCAGUGAAAUAGAGUUAAAGAAAGAAUGGCACAGAAGACUCAUAAACACCGGUAGUUUGCUUCAUGUAUUUUCUGUAAUUUUGCCAUCUAUAGAAAAGUGCAACACUAGUGUAACUAAUAUAGAUAAGCUUAACAUCCAAGAUAAAUGAAUACAAACAUUAAAGUUUAGCUCUAGAGCCACUAACAGGUUGGUAGAGAUAAUAUGGUAAAAAAUUAAUAUAUUUUGUUUCAGGCUUACUGUGAUGAAUAAAUGUAUAUUAUAAAGUUCAGUGAUUAGGCAUUACUUAAUCACACACAUAAAAAUAUUAAUUUUCCAUUAAUAAUUGUUCACUUACAGCAUUUAUUAACUUUUUGACAUUUUGUGAGGUAUUACAAAGUAAAGUAUGAAGUAGAAUAAAGUAGAUUCAUAUUUUGCUACUUUAUAUUCUACUAUGUCAUUUAACAGAGAUUCAUGUGAUGGUUAAUAACUUUAAAUUUAAAAAAGUUUGUAACGAAAAAUGGUAAUUUUUAUAUAACCCUCAAAUCGACUUUCAACGAUUUUCAGAAUUUAUUCUAUAACAGUUUCAAAUGGCAGAGCCUUCUCACACUCUACAUUUUCUCAUUAAAAAAAAUUGGUAGUAAAGUGAAUAUCAGAUACCUUAUAUAACUUUCUCACAUUUUAAUAUCCAUUUUCUCACUACCACUUUGGUGUGCCAAAAAUACUUCUUUCCAGCUGAUUCAAACAUCUGUUUGAUCAUUAAAAAAUUUGGAGAAAUUUCAUAGUUCGAGGGCCCUGCCAAACUUUCUGUCAUACAUGUGACAUCACCAUCAGCUUAAAGAACUCAUACUCAAAACCUUAUUUCCAUUUCUGAACACCCUGGCAGGACUGUUAGUAGUUAGAGCUCUGGUUUUUCACUAAACAGGCACUUUUUUAACCAGUUGAAUUAAAAUAAAAUUGAUAUUUUAAGCAAGUGUUACAGCAUUAUUAGUUAUAACCACCAUUAAUAGUACUUUUUGUUUUCUUUGUUCUACAUUUUUACUUUUUUUGUGAAAAAAUAAAUCACCCUUUAAAGGUUUAGGUUUUGUAGGUUUUCUCCAAUUGUUUCUUGUUGAUCCAAGGUGCUAACGUAUUCCAAAUGUAUUUUUAACUGUGAAAUGUUUACAAUGACCUCAUAGGUGAAGAAGACAAAAAAACUGUUGAAAAUAUAUUUUUGUCAAAUUUAAUCAUGCUAUCUGUAUUUCUAUGGACUAU